AUCAGGACCGAAAUGCUGAAGUUUAUGAUUUUGAUUUUCUCCAUCAUAGUGAGCAUGGACAGUACAGCUGUGAGAACAAUGAACUCUGAUGACCAGACCUUAAAGGAGAUCAUCAACACUCUGACACAUAUGACAAAGAGGCUGGCUGCAUGUCGUGACAAAAUGAUUCUGGACAUUUUCAGUGAUAUGACACAUCAGAACAUCUCAGAAACAUUUUGCAAAGCUUUCAAAGCCCUGAAGAAUAUUACUCCCUGUCCACGCAUCCAGCAUGAUCUGCAGAAACUUCAAAUGAACUUACUAAAAGCAGCAGAAAAGACGCCAAUUUGCACAGUGAAAGAUGAUUCUGAGAUUCAAUUAGGCACAUUCUUGAAACAUCUGAUGAAGUUUACCAAGAGAACAUAUGGACAAUGAUACCUUGAAGAAUACAGAAAUCUUAUCCUUAAUUAUCUUUAUGCAUUGGGAGGGCAGUUAAACCUUGUUAAUUUGACACAGCUUGUUUUAAUUUCGGGAAUUUACAAAUCACGUGUAAUAUUUAUUUAUUCAUCAACUGGAUAGUUUGUGGCAUUAAUGAUGGACUGUUAUGGAAACA